AACAAGCCAUGACAUGUUUUGAUGCCACAAAUCUAGGACGCCAACAUCGGAGUCGCUGAAUCGAGUGAAAAAGUGAAAAAUUCCAACAUUUUCAUCAUACUGUGGCCACAUUAGUGUGGCCUAAGUACUUUUACGUGCGUGAAUUUCUUCGAGGAACGAAAGUAAGGUGAAAAACAGGCCUCAAAAUGCAUCGCCGCGGUGGAAAACGAAUCCGCAUGAAUGACCCUCCGGUGGAGUACGAAGAAACGGAGCAGCUGUAUCAAAAUGAACCGCUGAACGAAAGCUGGUCCUCGGGCGGACACGAUGACGGAGCACACGCGGAAGAGUCGGGCGAACCGUCCCGCGGCAGGAUGACGCGUCUGCGGGCUCGCGGAGGUGUACCGCUGAAAGCACCCAUCAUCGAGGACGAUGAUGAUGAUGAUUUUUUCGGCAAGGAGCAGCAGCAGAAAAAGCGCAAGGCACCGCGCAAGCCGCGCGAAACGGUCCCGAAGGAGCACCACGAGCGGCCGCCCCGUGUGUACCGCGAGCGGGAGGAGCGCGAGGAGCGUGUCGUCGUGACGGAUCGAGAAAGUACGACCGACGAAUCGAGCCUGUACUACAUCCUGCGCCACUCGAAGUCACCGAUUGCCACGAUCGUGGACGAUUGGAUCGAGCGGUACAAGGCGGACAAAGAUUCGGCCCUGAUUGCGCUGAUGAACUUCUUCGUGCACGCGAGCGGCUGCAAGGGCAAAAUUACGCCCGAAAUGCAGCAGGGUAUGGAGCACUCGGGCAUCAUUCGCAAGAUGACGGAGGAGUUCGACGAGGACAGCCACGAGUACCCGCUGAUGAUGUCGGGGCAGCAGUGGAAAAAGUUCAAGAUGAACUUCUGCGACUUUGUGCAGACGCUGGUGAAGCAGUGCCAGUACUCGAUCAUCUACGACCAAUUUCUGAUGGACAAUGUGAUUUCGCUGCUGACCGGGCUGUCGGAUUCGCAAGUGCGAGCGUUCCGCCACACGGCCACCCUGGCCGCGAUGAAGCUGAUGACGGCGCUGGUCGAUGUGGCGCUGCUCGUCUCGGUACAGUUCGAUAUGGCCGCGCGCCAGUACGAGACGGAGCGGACGAAACCGCGCGACAAGCGGGCGGCUGAUCGGCUGGAGUCGCUGAUGGCCCGCCGCAGCGAGCUGGAGGAAAACAUGGACGAAAUCAAGAACAUGCUGACGUACAUGUUCAAGUCGGUGUUUGUGCAUCGGUACCGCGACACGCUGCCCGACAUCCGUGCCAUCUGCAUGUCGGAGAUUGGCAUCUGGAUGAUGAAGUUUUCGUCCAACUUUUUGGACGACUCGUACCUGAAGUACAUCGGCUGGACGCUGCACGAUAAGGUGGGCGAUGUGCGGCUGAAGUGUCUGCAGGCGCUCCUCCCGCUGUACGAGAACGAGGAGCUCAAGGGAAAGCUGGAGCUGUUUACGUCCAAAUUCAAGGAUCGUAUCGUGGCCAUGACGCUGGACAAGGAGUACGAGGCGGCCGUGCACGCGGUGAAGCUGGUCAUAAACAUUCUCAAGAGCCAUCAAGACAUUUUGGCGGAUAAAGACAGUGAAAUCGUGUACGAGCUGGUGUACUCAUCGCACCGUGGUGUCGCCCAAGCGGCGGCCGAGUUUCUGAACGAACGUCUGUUCCGGAUGGAUCCGAACGCGCCGGCUGUGUACACAAAGCGAGGCAAGCAGCGCCUUCCCAACACACCGCUCAUGCGCGAUUUGGUGCAGUUCUUCAUCGAGUCGGAGCUGCACGAGCACGGUGCGUACCUGGUCGACUCCAUCAUCGACAGCAAUCCGAUGAUUAAGGACUGGGAAUGCUACACCGAUCUGCUGCUCGAGGAGCCGGGCCAGUUUGAGGAGAUGCUGGACAACAAGCAGGAAUCAACGCUGAUCGAAAUCAUGGUCAGUGCGGUGCGCCAAUCGGCCACGGGUGAACCACCGGUUGGGCGAGGCAGCAGUCGCAAGAUGACGCUGAGCGCGAAGGAAAUCAAGCAGGUGCAGGACGAUAAGCAGCGCUUGACGGAACACUUUAUCCAAACGCUGCCACUGCUGCUGCACAAGUACAGCGCCGAUGCGGAGAAGCUCACCAACCUGCUGGCCAUUCCGCAGUACUUCGACAUUGAGCUGUUUACCACCACCCGGCAGGAGGCGAAUCUGCAGGCUUUGCUGGACAAAAUGACACACGUCAUGUCGACGCACGUCGACCGGGAGGUGCUGGAGACGUGUGCCAAAACGCUCGAAUUCCUGUGCACCGACGGUAGCGCUAUCUAUGCCCGGUGCGAUCUGGUGCGCUCGAACGUGAUCGAUGAGUGCGUCAACCGGUACAAGGAAGCGAUCGACGACUAUCGUAACGUGAUCGCUGGCGAUGAGAUACCGAACGAGGACGAGGUGUACAAUGUGAACAUCUCGCUGAAGAAGGUCUCGACGCUGUUCUCGUCCCACAAUCUGAACCCGUGGAAUCUGUUCGAUUCGCUGUACCAGGACAUUGAGGAGCGGCUGGCGGGGAAGUCCGGCGACACGGGCAUACCCAAGGAAGCGCUCGUUUACUGCAUCGAGGCGUGCUUUUUCUCCAUCAACUGGGGGCUGUACCAUCUCGAGACGGCGAUGGACCGAUCGCAGGUGCCACAGGAAGCGCAUGAGCUGAGCCGCAACUUGCACAAGUACCUGAAUGCCUGCAAUCAUCUCGUGCAGUACGAUCGGGAGUCGGCGAUACAGGAGGCCGCCUUUAUGUCGAUCUGCGAUCUGCUGGUGGUCUUCUCGGACCAGCUGCGGGGCCACGCGGACGAAAACAUACAGUCGCUGGUGUACGCACCGAACGAGGAGCAGCAGCAGCUGCUGAACGAGUUCGUGCAGACGACGGUCUUUGCCACGGAGCAGGAGGAGGGCCUCGACGAGACGCGCAUCGAGGAGCUGCACAAACGGCGCAGCUUUCUCGCUGCCUACUGCAAGCUGAUCGUGUACAACAUUCUUCCCAUCAAGGCAGCGGCAGACAUCUUUAAGCACUAUCUGCGGCACUACGAUGAGUACGGCGAUAUCAUCAAGGCGACGCUGGGCAAGACGCGCGAAAUCAACAAAGUUAACUGCUCGAUGACCAUGUGUCUGAGUCUGGUGAAGAUGUUCAAGGAGCUGCAGGAACUGUCUCCCGACGGACGGGUGUCCCGAACGUCGCAGGAAUUCCAGGACCUGAAAGAGUUGGCCAAGCGGUUCGCACUGUCGUUCGGGUUGGAUGCGGUGAAAAACCGGGAAGCAAUUACUGUGUUUCACCGUGCGGGCAUCCAUUUCGCGGUCACCUCGACGAACGAGGAGCUGGACGAUCCUUCAGCCGCACCGCCGUGUAUCGCGUUUCUGGAAGUGUUGACCGAGCUGACGAAUAAACUGAUCAAACAGGACAAAAAGCUUAUUCUCGCUUUCCUCGACCGUCGCCUGAAGGCCGGUAUUCCGUCGAGCCGUUCAGAGGACUGGCAACCGUUGGUGACGUAUCGCAAUUCGCUCCUGCACGGCGAAACCGAUCAACUGCCGGCGGUUACGGCGAAGCGUGCGUACACCAGAAAGAAGAAGGACACCGACCACGACGACGAGGACGAGCAUGACGAUGAGGAUGAUAACGAUUAUAUCGGUUAGGAGGGUGAGGGAGACUCAAUUGUAUUUAUUCAACAUUCUUUGCUGCAAUUGAUUACUUACGCGGCAUUUUAGAGCGAAAUAGGGUAAGCUUAGUUUGUAGUCUUAUCUUAUUUUCUUAAAAUUAAAAUCUUAUUUUCCGCCGUAAACGAUUUGUAAUUGUUAAAAGAAAUAAAAUUUUAGGUCUUUGAAUGACCAAAACUGAAA